AAUCAAAUUCUUAUCUUCUUGUAGAUAUAAAUAAAUCUCAAAUCAUUUAGAAGUUUACGUAACUUAAAUCGUGUGCAUUCACAUUUGCAUUGUGUAGUUACAGUUAACCAUAACUUAUGAUACACUAUGGAUAUCUGUUGCGUAUAUCAUCGAAUGUACAUUAUCUUAUAUUAUCCUCUCUAUUCCUUUUAUGAUCCAAUACAUUCUAUUGAGAGUGUAGAUAACUUUACGACAUUGUCAUUGCACAAGGUUUUAUAAACUCUUGUCUAGUCAUUCCUCUUAAUAAAAGGUUUUAAUAUAAGCGGCUCAAAUUAUGCAACAACUUCGGUGCCAUAAAGAGUGUUAAUAUAGAUUUUUAUAUAGAAAAGAAUUACAUCUUUUGAAGAAAUUAAAAAAUGGAUAGUAGUAAAAAAUACGAUAAUCCAAAUCCACGUUCGACAGCGAAUAUAUUUAGCAAACUUACUUUUUGGUGGUUAAGACCAUUAUUUUUAUAUGGAAAAAAUCAUGAUUUAGAAGUUAAGGACCUUUAUAACGUAUCCUCUAGUGACGUCAGUGAAUUAUUAGGAAAAAAAUUAGAACGAAAUUGGAUAAAAGAAUUAAAAGCGGCAGAAGCAGCUGAUAGAAAACCUAAAUUAUAUACAGCUUUGCAAAAGACAUUUUUAUCAUCAUUUGCCUAUUAUGGAGGAUGGACUUUGUUUUUAUGCAUAGUUUUAAAAGUCUUGCAACCAUAUACAUUGGGAUUGCUUAUAUGGCACUUUGAUCCUAGAGCAACAUCAUCUGUAACAGAAGCAUAUAUGUAUGCUACUGCUGUUGUAGUUAUGAUAGCAUUAACAGCAAUAAUUAGUCACCAUAUUCAUCUAGGUCAAAUGGAAAUUGGCAUGAGAAUGAGAGUAGCAUGUUCAUCUCUUGUUUAUAAAAAGAUUUUACGAUUAUCACAAGGUACUACUACUAAUACCACUUCUGGACAAAUUAUAAAUUUACUAUCAAAUGAUGUGUCAAGAUUUGAUCAAUUAUUUACAUUUUUACAUUACAUUUGGAUUAUGCCAAUACAAGGUGCCUUAAUCUCUUUCUUAAUUUGGGAAACUGUUGGUAUAGCUUCUUUAGCUGGUGUCUUUCUUAUAACAAUUCAAACAAUUCCUGUGCAAGGAUAUAUGAGCAAAUGGACAGCAAAUUUAAGAUUAAAAAUAGCGAUAAGAACUGACGAAAGAGUUCGUUUAAUGUCUGAAAUUAUUAGAGGAAUUCAAGUUAUUAAAAUGUACACAUGGGAAAAACCAUUUGAAAAACUCGUUAGUCUUUCAAGAAGUCAUGAAAUUGAUGUACUUACAUUAACAUCGUACUUAAGAGGAUUUACCUUAGCUACUUUUAUAUUUACCGAGCGAACAACAUUGUAUUUUACAAUCAUGGCAUAUGUACUUUAUGGAAAUAAUAUAUCUGCUGAUAAAGUAUUUUCAAUGGCUCAAUACUUUAAUAUUCUCCAAGCUACUAUGGCUAUAUUUUAUCCUAUGGCAGUAGCUUUUGCUGCUGAAGCUUUGAUAUCAAUAAAGAGAUUAGAGAAUUUUCUGUUAUUGGAAGAAAAUGUGCCUUUAAUUCGUGCACUGCCAAAAGAUGAGAAAAAUAGUAUUAUUUUGAAAGAUGUCACUGCUACCUGGUCAGAAACCACUAUUGUAAGCACUCUGCAUGAUAUCAAUAACUACAUAGGAUUUGGUAAACUUUAUGCUUUAGUUGGUCCAGUGGGAGCAGGCAAGAGUUCAUUUCUUCAAUUAAUUUUAGGAGAAUUAAAAAUAUCUCAUGGACAAAUAAAUAUUAAAGGUAGCAUUUCAUAUGCUAGUCAAGAAUCUUGGUUAUUUGCUGGUACAGUAAAAAAUAACAUUUUAUUUGGACAACCAUAUGAUCAAAAGAAAUAUCAGAAAGUUAUCAAAGUAUGUGCUUUGCUUAAAGACUUUGAACAAUUUCCACACGGUGAUAAAACAUUGGUUGGAGAUAGAGGUACUGCACUUAGUGGAGGACAGCGUGCAAGAAUAAAUUUAGCUAGAGCUGUAUACAGAGAUGCUGAUAUAUAUCUUUUGGAUGAUCCUUUAUCUGCUGUAGAUGUACAUGUUGGUAAACAUUUAUUUGAUCAAUGUAUAAAUGGAUAUUUGAAAAAUAAAACGAGAAUUCUUGUAACACAUCAAAUACAGUACUUAAGAGAUUGUGAUUACAUAAUUAUACUUAAUAAUGGUAAAGUGGAAAAUGAAGGAACAUUUGCAGACAUUCAAAAUAAAAAAAUUAAUUUUUUGAAAUUAUUAGUAAACGAUGAAUCAAAGGAAAAAAUAUUAGUUAAAGAAAACAGUAUAGAUUCUACUUCAGAUAUGUUAUCUAAUUUUAAUACUACAGAGGAUGAAGAUAAUGAACCUCAAGAAACAGAAGAGUUAAUGGCUAAAGGAAGCUUAUCGAAAGUUGUUUACUGGAAAUAUUUUAGAGCUGGAGCAUCUAUUUUUGUAAUUAUAGCUUUUUUUUCUUCUAUGAUAUUGGGACAAAUCGGAAGCAGUGGUAGUGAUUAUUGGGUUGCUUAUUGGACAAAUCAAGAAGAAAUGAGAUUAAAGGAAGAACGUAAUUUUAUACAUUCGCAACAUAAUUUUAACACAUCUGUAUUAACAGAUGAAAAUGAAAAUUCUACAGACUUCAGAAAUGGUACAGUUGAUAAUAUUAAACAUGUAAUCUUCAAUGAUUCUUCCAUAAUCCAGAAUAUAACAGCUGAGAAUAUGACAAACGUGAAUGUAGUGUCUACCAAAUUAUACGGCCUUGAUACACAUACUGCUCUAUGGAUUUAUGGAGCUUUUAUCGUUGUAAGCAUAGUUAUGACUACAACUAGAAAUCUUCUAUUUUUCAAAACAUGCAUGACAGCUAGUAAAAAUCUACAUAAUUUGAUGUUUUCAUGUUUACUUAAAGCGCCUAUGCAAUUUUUUAAUACAAAUCCGUUUGGUCGUAUUCUCAAUCGUUUUUCGAAAGAUAUUGGUGCUGUCGACGAAAUCUUGCCAAGAACUAUGAUAGAAUCAAUUCAAAUUUUUGCAGUAAUGUCAGGAAUUCUAAUCCAAGUUAUAAUAAUUAAUUGGUGGACUAUUAUUCCUGUAUUAAUCAUGGGUUUCCUAUAUUGGAAAAUAAGAAAUAUUUAUAUGGCAACUGCACAAAAUUUGAAACGUCUGGAAGGCAUCACUAAAAGUCCAGUCUUCUCUCACGUUAAUUCAUCUUUAGUAGGAUUAAGCACAAUUCGUUCAUCUAAUGCACAACUUAUGCUUUGCAAAGAAUUUGAUUCACAUCAAGACUUACACACUGGUGCAUAUUCUUUGUCAGUUUCAGCUGCUACUGCUUUCGGAUUUGCACUUGAUACAGUUUCUGUUUUGUUUGUGACUUUUGUUACAUAUAGUUUUAUUAUUUUUAAUGAUGGGAAUACUUUUGCUGGCAAUGUAGGUUUAGCUAUCUCACAGGUUCUCAUUUUAUGUGGAAUGUUACAACAUGGUAUGCGUCAAACUGCAGAAGCUAUAGCACAAAUGACUAGUGUAGAGAGAAUAUUACAAUUUACACAGCUUGAUGAAGAAGGUCCAUUUACAAGUGAUCCAAGUAAUAAACCAUCACUUGAAUGGCCUAAUAAAGGCGAGAUUAAGUUUGAUCAUGUAUAUUUGCAAUAUUCUAAUUCUGAUCCACCAGUUUUAAAAGAUUUAAAUUUUAUUAUACAACCUGCAAUGAAGAUUGGAAUAGUUGGACGUACUGGUGCUGGUAAAUCUUCAUUAAUUUCAGCCUUAUUCCGUUUGUCUGAAUUCAAUGGUAUAAUUUACAUAGAUGGAAUUAAUAUUAAGAAGAUUGGUCUACAUGAUCUUCGAAAUAAAAUUUCAAUAAUCCCACAAGAUCCAAUGCUCUUCUCUGCAUCAUUGCGAGAUAACCUUGAUCCCUUUCAUAAACAUGAUGAUGCUGCUUUAUGGGCUACAAUGGAGGAAGUAGAAUUAAAAAGUGCAUUUACUUCUUUAGAUCAUCAAAUAAGUGAAAGUGGCAGCAAUCUUAGUGCAGGACAAAGGCAAUUACUUUGUCUUGCACGUGCUAUAAUAGAAAAUAAUAAAAUUUUAAUUCUUGAUGAAGCCACAGCGAACGUCGAUCCUGCAACAGAUACAUUAAUACAAACUACAAUUAGAAAAAAGUUUCAGAAUUGUACAGUAUUGACAAUAGCACAUAGAUUAAAUACUAUAAUGGAUAGUGACAGAGUAUUGUUGUUAGAUCAUGGCGAAGUACUCGAAUUCAAUCAUCCAUAUAUUUUGUUAAAGAAUGAGCAAAGUCAUUUUUAUGAAAUGGCAAAAGAAACUGGAGAUAAUACAAUGAAACAAUUUCACAUUAUAAGUGAAGAGGCAUAUAAUAACAGCAAAUUCAACAUGUCUACAGAAAUUACAAUACAGAAAAAAGAAAAUUUGAAAAUUUUAAAUGGUAAUUCUUCGGUAUAAUGAUAAUGUAUAUUUGUAUUAUUUUGUAAUUCAAAAAUAAGAAAUAUAUAUAUAUAUUAUCAUCAAUACAA